AUGGUCCAGAUUCUCGACGCCGGGUACGGUUAUGGCUUCGUGGUUGGCCUUGGCGCAGCUUUCGCCCUCAUUAUGAUUCUCGUUACCAGAAUUCUGACCAAGUAUAUGGGAGAGGUCCAGGACUCAGAACACUUUUCAACGGCUUCCAGAUCCAUAAAAUCCGGACUGAUAUCGUCAGCAGUGGUGUCUUCGUGGUGCUGGCCCGGUACGCUGCUUUCGUCUUGUGUCUACACCUACAAAUACGGUGUAGGCGGUGGAUACUGGUACGGAAUCAGCGGGAUCAGCCACUCGAUGCUCUUCACGUUGAUCGCCCUGCAGAUGAAGCGAAAGGCUACUGGCGCUCAUACAAUUGUGGAGAUUGUGAAGGCCCGCUAUGGUAAAGCAGCCCAUUGCGUGUAUCUGUUCUACUCUUGUGGCACUAACACCAUCAUAGCAAGUAUGCUCUUGUUAGGCUGUUCGCAAGCAUUCGCACACAUUGCUGAUAUUCACAUUGUGGCUUGCGCAUUUCUCUUCCCUGUCAGCGUUGCUGCUUACACAAUGUUGGGUGGUCUGAAAAGCACAUUUCUCAGUGACUGGAUCCAUACUGUUGUGAUUUAUCUGGUCAUCAUAUCUUCUCUUCUGAUCUGUUAUGGCAGCUCCAGCAUCAUUGGGUCAACUGACAGAAUGUGGGAUCUUUUGCAAAGUGUCGCCAAGACUCACCCAUCGGCCGGACACGAAGGGAGUUAUUUGACGUUCUCCAACAAAGCUCUUGUGAUGCUAGCAUGGAGUCAAAUUAUGAGCGGAUGGGCCACGGUAUUUGCAGAUCCCUCCUAUGGCCAAAAAGCAAUUGCAGCCAAGCCCAUGUCGACAAUCUCGGGCUAUGUCAUCGGAUCGCUUUGCUGGUUUAUUAUCCCGUGGAGUUUUGGUCUCGGGACAGCUUUGGCAGCUUUGGCGCUCACGAACAAUCCCGUAUCGCCAACGUAUCCCCAUCUCAUUCCUCCUAUGGAGGUGAACAUGGGCAUGCCUCUUCUUUACGGUCUUUAUGCAUUAAUGGGCAAGUCGGGCGCCGCUGCUGGCAUCUUGGUGCUUUUCAUGUCGUGCACUUCUUCCCUCUCCGCAGAGCUGGUAUCAUUCUCUUCGGUCAUGACUUAUGAUGUAUACAGAGCUUACAUCAAACCAGACGCUACAGGAAGGCAGUUGGUCACUAUUUCCCAUAUCUCAGUGGUGGCUUUUGCAUUGUUCAUUGCAGGGUUGACAGUUAUGUUCAACUACAUCGGGAUCACCAUUUCUUGGAUUCUAACAUUCAUAGGUAUUGUUUUGGGUGCUGCCCCAGUUGGAAUUACGCUGACAUUGUUUUGGCCAAGAAUGAGCACUUACUGUUUUUACUGGGCAUUGCCGCUGGGCUCAUUCACCGGUCUCUGUUGCUGGCUGGGAGCAUGCAAGCAUUUUUACGGGACUGUCAACAAGGACAACCUAGGUCUAGUAAAUUCGACCAUCAUUGCUAACUUCUCAACUUUUGGAGCUACGCUUCUGUAUUGUGGUAUUAUAAGCUACUUCUUUCCCGCCGGCAAUUCGUUGGAAGACCUCCAAGACAAAUUCAGAGUCGGCGAUGAUGCUACCGCUCAAGAGAAAAGUCUAAUGCAAUUGGAUAAGCAAACAAAAGAGAAGCUAGACAGAGUCUUCAAGUGGGCUGCUGUUGGCGUUUUCUUCAUUUGGAUUUCGUUCACAUUUGUGCUUCCCUUUCCAAUGUACGGCCAGAAAUACAUCAUGUCCAAAUCUUUUUUCAAAGGAUGGAUCGUUGUCAGCAUUAUCUGGCUCUUCGUGGCGUUCUUCUACAUCACAUUCUAUCCUAUUUAUGAGAGCCGCUCAUCUUUAAUCCACUUCUACCGGAGAGUUCUUGGAAAAGAGAGUAAUACUGACACCAACGUAUUCUUGUAUGGCCAAGAGGUUGAUGUCGCAAAUACAAGUGGAAAAGGUUCAGUGGUGGAGGAGAUCGCGGAAAAAAGAGAUGAGGAGGCAUAG